ACAUAUCAGGUGACAAUGCUGUGGAAAAGUUGGUCAACGUCUGUGGCUUAGCCUAACCAACAGAAACAUUUAAGAAAAUGACCAGCAGCAGAGAGGGGGUUUCGAAGUACAUCGAGGUCGAAGACGAUGAAACAUUGGCGAUUGGUUAUUACGAUGACGACGAUGACUUUGAUACAUUCACAGACGGGAAUCUGGACUGUAGCUGCGAAGACGGAGGUGGUUUCAGUGACCCCCUCAGUGGGGAGGUGAAGCCCAGGAUCCUCCUCAUGGGUCUAAGGCGUAGCGGCAAGUCUUCCAUCCAAAAAGUGGUGUUCCACAAGAUGUCCCCCAACGAGACCCUGUUUCUGGAGAGCACCAAUAAGAUCUGCAGAGAGGACGUGUCCAACAGUUCCUUCGUCAGCUUCCAGAUUUGGGACUUCCCUGGACAGAUCGACUUCUUCGACCCCACCUUUGACUACGAGAUGAUCUUCAGAGGAACAGGGGCCCUCAUCUUCGUCAUCGACUCACAGGAUGACUAUGUGGAGGCUCUGAGUCGGCUCCACCUCACAGUAACCAGGGCCUACAAGGUCAACCCAGAAAUCAACUUUGAGGUGUUUAUCCACAAGGUGGAUGGGCUGUCGGACGAUGCUAAGAUCGAGAAGCAGAGGGACAUACACAAACGGGCCAAUGACGACCUGGCUGACGCUGGCUUGGAGAAGAUACAUCUAAGUCUUUACCUGACCAGCAUCUAUGACCACUCCAUAUUUGAGGCCUUCAGCAAAGUGGUGCAGAAACUCAUCCCUCAGCUGCCCACUCUAGAGAACUUGCUCAAUAUCUUCAUAUCUAACUCGGGCAUAGAGAAGGCCUUUCUGUUUGACGUGGUCAGUAAGAUCUACAUCGCUACAGACAGCAGUCCUGUGGACAUGCAGACCUACGAGCUGUGCUGCGACAUGAUCGACGUGGUCAUAGACAUCUCCUGCAUCUACGGGCUGACGGAGGAAGAGGCAGGUCAGCCCUAUGAUAAAGAGUCCAUGGCCAUCAUCCACCUGAACAACACCACCGUCAUGUACCUGAAGGAGGUCACCAAGUUCCUGGCUCUGGUCUGCUUCCUCCGAGAGGAGAGCUUUGAGAGGAAAGGACUAAUUGACUACAACUUUCACUGUUUUAAGAAUGCUAUUCAGGAGGUGUUUGAUGUACGAGUGAAGGUGCAGAAAAACAGAAAGCUCCUCAGCCAGAGGAGGUGGAGCAAACAGGCCCCAAUGGAGUCCUCAGCAGCCAGCACUGAACGCCGCCCCAUUGGUGGCAUCACAUGUCAAUCAACCAUCUUUAAAUCAACAUAAGAUAAAGAGGAGGUGAUAUGUGAAGGGCUGUGGGCUGUAUGGCCCCAAACACACUCAGGUUGUACAACUGCUGUAACAACACAUUUGGCACAACGUUUGUGAUACAACAGAGAGGGGGGAACAAAAAUAAGAUAUGGAGACACCAAUUUUUAAUAGUAAACAUUUUUGUGCAAGUGCAGGUCUUCACAACUGUUCAACAAUCACUUAUGGUUGCAUUUCAACCAUACAAACCAGCAGAUAUAGAAUCUUAAUUUGAUCACUCUUUUGUUGCUGAGAACAUGAUAAUUCACAUUUCCUGUUACAGAAAGAUUAUUUUCCUGCUGUAGGAAACGGGCUCAAAUUAAGAUCCUACAUCUGUAUAACUUGGGCCAGAAGUUUGUCGAAUCAUACAAGACCUGACCCGGAAAUAUAUAUAUAUAUAUAAUUACCACAUUUGUUACAGUUGACCUGUAUGUUGAGUGUCAGCCCAUAGUAGGGCAUGCUGAAGUUGUAUCAUUUUUUACAAGUAAGGGCCUGUAAUGUCAUAUAAUACUGUCACUAAUAAUAAUACAUGGUCAUAGUCAAAGUAAUAUGGAUGGGCCUUUUGAAUACUGUAGAAGUAGGAUGGACACUGAAAUCACACUGGCUGCAUCCCACAUAGCACCCUAGUCCUUUUAUAGUGUGUAAGCCCCAUAGGUCUCUGGUCAAAUGUAGUUGACUAUAUAGGGAAUUGGAUGUCAUUUGAGAUGCAGCCAUGAUCUUUAUGGAAGCAGUCCACCAAAGCAACAGAUUGUAAGAACAGAUGUUCAUAAAGCUACCAGACCAGGUUCAAAUACUAUUUGAAAUCAUUUCAAUCAUUUCUGUGCUUGACUUACACUAUAUAUGCAAAAGUAUGUGGAAACCCCUUCAAAUUAGUGGAUUCAGCUAUUUCAGCCACACCCAUUGCUGUCAGGUGUAUACAAUCAAGCACACUGCCAUGCAAUCUCUAUAGACAAACAUUGGCAGUAGAUUGGCCUUACUGAAGCGCACAUAAACUUUCAACGUGGCACCGUCAUAGGAUGCCACCUUUCCAACAAGUCAGUUCAUCAUAUUUCUGCCCAGCUAGAGUCUACCCCGGUUAACUGUAAGUGCUGUUAUUGUGAAGUGGAAACGUCUAGGAGCAACAAUGGCUCAGCUGCAAAGUGGUAGGCCACACAAGUUCACAGAACAGGACCGC